UUGAGUCAGUGUCAAAAAACUUUGGAGGACAAAAUUUAAGACCGUGACAGAUUAAAAGUUUUAUUAAUGAAAUGUUUAAAAUAUUUGUUUACCUUAAUAAUGUGUCUUGAAGUCGUAACAAAAAAAACUAUCAGCCAAUUUGUACCUUUUCUUGAAGAAGAUGAAAACACUUUCAAUUUCAGCUUAAUUUUAGAGGAAAAUAGUCGAGUUGAAGCUUACAUGGACAAAUGCCCUCUUAAAGUUUUAGGAGGCCAAGAAAUAAAUAUAACACAAGCUCCUUACCAAGUUGCAAUACGAAAACAUAUUUUAUAUGGCUUUAUUUGGUCAGCGUUCUGUGGUGGUUCUCUUAUAACAAUGACAUAUGUGGUUACUGCAGCACACUGCUUUAUUGAUAGUCAAGGACACUUUAAAAAACUUUCAAUACGAAAAGUAGUUGCCGGUACUAUGAAGACGACGGCCACGAUGUUUCAAUCAACAAAAGGCGAACAGUGGCGCAAUAUAAAAAAUGUUUACAAGCACAAGUUUUAUGAUCAAAAAUUAUUCGAACACGAUUUUGCUAUUGUAGAGGUUGCUAGUCCUUUUGUGAUAACAGACACGGUGAAGCCGAUCCGACUGUAUAAUUUGAAAAGAGAUAAAAAGAUUGAGAAAGGUUUACAAUGCUCUGUGUCCGGAUUUGGUCUCAAGGAAAAUUCAAAAGCCUCUCUCAGACUGAAUGCGGUGUGCGUACCAAUAGUCACUAUGGAUGCGUGUAAAAUGUUUUAUUAUGAAGAAUAUUUGCACCCAUCUAGUCUAUGUGCUGGUGCGUCUGGGAAAGAUAGUUGUCAGGGUGAUUCAGGUGGACCAUUGGUGUGUUAUGGUGUUCUAGUGGGUGUAGUAGCAUGGGGUGGAGUGUGUGGUGUACAACCAGGAGUUUACACUAAAAUAUCGGCAUACACCGGCGGUAAAGACGUGCCUUUUACGAAAAACAACGUAAUGAGAACUAAAAGCUGCAUCGGAAUUUUGAUGAUUUUUUUGUGUAUUAAUAUUUACAUUAAAUAAUAUAAUGAUAUGAUGUUA